AGCUCUUUGCCAGGCAAAAUCCUUUUUAUCUUCAGCUUUUAACGCGAACUGCGUCAAAAAUGAAAUGUGCCGAGGAUCAGGUUGUCGAAGAGGUUAAUGGUUACCAGGAUGAUGAGGAGUCCUUCUUCCAAGACAUUGACCUCCUACAGAAACAUGGGAUUAAUAUGGCCGACAUCAAAAAGCUGAAGUUAGUGGGUAUCUGCACGGUGAAGGGGAUCCAGAUGACAACUCGCAAGGCUUUGAGCAACAUCAAGGGCCUGUCUGAGGCGAAAGUGGAGAAAAUCAAGGAGGCUGCUGGAAAAAUGCUGAAUGUUGGUUUCCAGACUGCCUUUGAGUACAGCGCCAAGAGGAAACAAGUGUUCCACAUCACAACCGGGAGCCAGGAGUUUGAUAAACUUUUGGGUGGAGGUAUUGAGAGCAUGGCUAUCACGGAGGCCUUUGGAGAGUUCCGCACAGGGAAAACCCAGCUGUCUCACACAUUCUGCGUCACCGCUCAGCUGCCAGGCGAAGACGGCUACUCAGGAGGGAAAGUCGUCUUCAUUGACACAGAAAACACCUUUCGUCCGGACAGACUGAGAGACAUCGCUGACAGGUUUAAUGUGGACCAUGCUGCUGUGCUGGACAACGUGCUUUACGCCCGGGCCUACACCAGUGAACAUCAGAUGGAGCUGUUGGACUUUGUAGCAGCCAAAUUCCAUGAAGAAGGAGGAGUGUUCAAACUAUUAAUCAUCGACUCCAUCAUGGCUCUGUUCAGAGUCGACUUCUCUGGUCGAGGCGAGCUGGCUGAGCGGCAGCAGAAACUGGCCCAGAUGCUCUCCAGGCUGCAGAAGAUCUCUGAAGAGUACAACGUAGCGGUGUUUGUUACCAACCAAAUGACAGCCGAUCCCGGUGCAGGAAUGACGUUUCAAGCUGAUCCCAAGAAGCCUAUUGGUGGGCACAUCCUGGCACACGCCUCCACCACACGGAUCAGUUUGAGGAAGGGCCGUGGGGAGAUGAGGAUUGCCAAAAUAUUUGACAGUCCCGAUAUGCCUGAGAAUGAGGCCACUUUUGCCAUCUCUGCUGGAGGAAUUACUGACGCCAAAGAGUGACGGAUAAAAUGAAGAGAGACACGCAUGUUCGCAUGUUUGUUCGUGUCAAUUUGAAAUUAUUUAAAGGGUAACUUUCGUGUUUUUCAGCCUAGACUCUACGUUCCCAUGAUUCAUAUCUAAGUAUGACAGUUUCUGAAACUGAUCCAGUACUGAGCGAGGGCGCUGCAGCCGGCACUUCAUGGCUUCAAGGUAACCACUUGGGGCAUUUGUGCGCCGUCAAUUUAUGUUCACUGAGGU